CCGCGGGCGGGCGCCAGAGACAACGCGCCAGAAGAGGAGAGGGUCAAAGUUCGUAUUAUCAUGAACCUUUCCCGGAGCAGCUUGAACACCUCCUUGCCCGACCUCCCAGUGAACUACGGGACGGUUGAUCUGGCGAUAUCGCGCAUGUCCCCGCGGAGCUUUUUGUACGUUGUGGAUUUGGCGGAUGCGUUCUGCAACUGGCGCGUCUUGCCUUCCGAUGCGUGGUGGCUGGGUUUCUGGUCCCCGGGGCGACAGCAGUACGGCAUGUGCACAUUCCUGCCGUUCGGCCUAAAAACAGCACCUUCCAUCAACGAUUCUAGUUUGAAGGAGUUAUUGCGGCUGUUGCAGCUGCGCGAGAACGCCGUGCUUACAGAUUUCGUAGACGACAAUCUGGGCGCACAAUCUUCCGAGGAGGACGCGUGGCUGGAGCUGGAGCGCGUCGUUCGGUUCUUCCUGAAGAUUGGCGUCCCGAUCUCUGCAAAAGAAGGCGGCAUCCGGCCGCCCUCUCAAGUCCAGACGUGGGUAGGAUGGGUGUUCGACACUCUGAACAACACGCUGUCUGUUGAGCGUAAAAAGUGCGACAAGUGCCAAGCCCUCAUUCUCGCCGCCCUGCAGGCAUAUUCAGACGGAACCUUGCUGGCGCGAGACCUCGCAGCCACCGCCGGUCUGGCCAACCAUAUUGCGGAGGUGUUCCUGCAAGGUGGUGGCACCGCGCUCUGGACCGCACCCCGGAGCGACCGCUGCACGGUGAAGCUGGGCAGCUUUCGCUUUGGGCCGAAAUCCCCCGAGUUCCAAUAUUGGCGUCGCUUGGCGGCUGCCGGCUGCCUGCGCGUCAUAGAAACUGACGCCAGCAAGCUGCGCGGAUGGUCAUAUAAUUUGUGCGGCGCUGGCGUGGUCAGGUCCGGCGUUUGGCCGGCAGGUUUCGCAGAUCUCGCAGACAACGCAGACGCGAUAAAUUUUACAGAGUUGUGGGUCGCGGUCCAGGCCGUUCAGGCAGAACCCGAAUGGUUGCGCGGAUGGCGCGUCGUGUUUCGAAUUGAUAACACGGCCGCCAUCCAUUGCGUGAACUUCCGCUUCGGUCGCAUGCCGCACCUCGUGCAGUUGGCCGAGGAAUUCGAGCAUGCAGAACGCUCGGCCGGGUGCUGGUGUUUGGCCGUGCACUUGGCGGGCGCAGCGAAUGUCAUCUCGGAUUCCGGUUCCCGAGACUCAGCAUUUGCGUCUCGAUGGAAUGCAGACCCUUUCCGCGAGGCUGUGCUGAAAGCGUCGGUGAUGGACCGCAUCACCAACGAAUUCGGCCCAUGUGAUUGCGAUCUUUUCGCGGACUGGCUGGGGGUCACCGCGAAAGCGCCGCUCUGGUUUCGCCCCGAGAACACCGCGUUUGAGGCGCACGUGUUAGGAAACAAGGUCUGGGCACACCCGCCCCGUGCCUUGGCAGGGCAUGCCAUGUCGUUCCUGUCCAAGGCACUUGCCGAAGGCAAGUGCCGCGCUGUUUUUUUAGAUGUGCCAGAGGACACCGGAGCACCUUGGUUCCGAUCCUGGCAGCUUAACAAGUGGCGUAGCGCCUUCGGCGAGGCGGAGGCGACGGAGUGGUUCAAAACAGCCAUUCGGCAGGGCGGUGCCUUGGAAGCAGCGUUCGCCGAGGCAGUAAAAUCUGUCUUGCAAGCGGACGUGGCCUCGGACGUCGGGGAGAUUCCCACGGCGAUCAAGGCAACGGCGGAGACGUUCGAGACGCAGAACGGGCACACCGACACGGUGAUCGCUUCCCUCGAGCAGCGCGUCAUAGCCUGCGAGGAGUUCGUAGCCAAGGCUAGCAAGCAAGAGGCUGACCUGGACGCGGCUUUCUCGUGGCGCGAGGUCGAGCGGUCCACAGACGCGCAGGAGUGGUUGGCCGGGUGGAACCGUCUGUUCGUGGACAAAUACUGGCUGGCCAACGUCUCUGCGCAGAUGGCAGACCCAGCAAUUGUCAACGCCGCAUCCGUGUGCAUGGCCAACCCGAACAACCCGGAGGCGCAGAAGAUCAAAGACGCGAUCGGUCUGCGCAGCGCCCCCAAGACCACCUUGAGGGAGCUGUGCCUGUCGUCGUUCGGCGGCAGUCCAGACCGCUUUCGUGCGUUCAUGUCGGACAAGGCGGCGGCCCGGGACGACAAGGUUGUCGCCGCCAUCGCCAGGAAGGCGUUGGGCUUCUUCCUCCUGCUCGAGAACCAGCACGUGAACGCAGCCACGGCCAAGCCGACCUCGGCCGCCAAGUUGACCGCCCAGAGGAACGAGAUUAUGCCUCUCUUGUUCGUUACCCUCAAAGCCAUGCGCCGCAAGGCCAAGAAGGCGUCGGCACGGAACAGCCUGGAGCACAUCAUGCUGCGCUCCGAGUUCAGCUUGGACUGGUCUCUGGGCCUCUCGCGCCUCGCCGUCGCUCCCUUCGUGAUGGCUCCGCCCGGCCCCGCCGUCACGGCAGUCGUGAAUUCCGGCUCCCCCGAGGGCGCGCCGGGCGCGGUGGGUGGGCCCGCUUACAAGCGCCUGCGUGCAGACCCAGCCCAGGGCGGCGGUGGGGCGCCGGGGGGCAAGGGCAGCUGGGCGCCGCAGCAGGGACUCCCGCAGCAACACCAGAACCAGCCGCACUCCUUCGGCCAGAACACCGGCAAGGGCGGCAAACCCCAGGCGCCGGGCACCGGCAAAGGCGGGAACAACAACCACAAGAAGGCCAACGUGACGGCGAUGUUGUCGGAGCUCGGGAAGGCGGGCAGGCAGCAGCCGGCCGCCGUGCAGGCUUUCGUCGACGCCAAGCACCAGGGCUCGCCGGACGACAAGGAGGCGAUCAGGUCCAUCAUGGGCACCUAUUGCCGCCACUGUUUGCUCGGGAGCCGGAAGCUCGCCCAGCACAGCCGGGCCCAGUGCAGGCAAGAGGGCGGCGUGCCGGCCACUCCGUGCAGCCGCUGCGCACAGAAAGGGAUCGUGGCAUUCCACUG